GGUCAUACGGCGAUAUCGUUUUGUAAGGUAAACAUACACAACGCAAUUUAUCUUUCUUUGGAUAAAAGCUACAAGGAGAAUUAUUUACCGUUUGUUUACCUUUCCCGGGUCGGUUAUACAUUGUUUGAGAUAAUGGUCAGGCAGUCUUUCGACAUUUUGAAAGUGAUCUUCUCUUUAUUAUUGGCAAAAGUGACUGUCGUGACGUGUUCUACAUUUGUCUCUACCCUCCAGCCCCGUUCUGAUUGGCAGAGUGCACGCAUACACUGUAAUGACAAUUAUAGCGGCUCAAUACUCGGCAAGGAGGCUCCGAAACUACUACUGAAUCACGUGACUUCCUUUGAGCCUGACGAGUACCUUUGGACUAAUAUAUAUCACGGAUUGUCACCUUGGAUUAUAUACAAAGGUUGUUUUGACAAUACGAAAAUUACACCCUCCCCGCCAUAUCAGAUAGUACCGAAUGAAUCCGACCAGGCGGGAACAACGACGGGUUCCUGCUUCCGGUCAUGCUCCAAACUCCGGACUCCGUAUUUUGGAAUUCAGGGUAAGCAAUGUUUCUGUUUAACCUCCCUGCAACACUUCGUGAGAAACAGCAGUCAGUGUACUUACAGCUGUGCUGAGAAUCUAGCCAAAUGUGGUGGUCCAGAUGCAAUCAGCUUGUACAAAAGCUGUAGGUAUAUGAUAGAUCUUCCUUCUAAAAAAGAUAUGCACGAAAAUCGACAGUGUGCAACAGUCACGUGUGAUCAGUCGGACAAACACUUGUACCGCGCUCAUAGAUGCUCCAAUCAAUUCCAGGCUCUGUGUAGCAAUGGCGACAUAAGUCCUGAAAAAGUAUCAUUAAAGAAAAGCAGACAAUUCUGCAGCCAAAGAAAAUCGCAAAUUGUAAGUGAUGACGUAGACCAGGUUUGCCAAGGUGUCGUCAUUGACAACGUCACGCAGUACUGGAUGGAUUUACACCGUUAUCCAAUAGGCCCGUUCGAAGCUGAAUUCAAUGAGACUGUGGGACUUCCAUUUUCAUGCACCAAAUACAGCAAUGAGACCUAUGCCGAGACUUCUUGUGAGGAGGAAUACCCUUUUGUGUGUGUUGUAGAUAUCACUGAAACAAAUGCUGAGUUGCUGUGCUCAAGCGAGAAACAAAAAGAAGUACAAGGCUAUACAGUAAAAGACUCUCAGCUCGUCGCUGUCACUAUGAAAACCUUGUGUGAUGAAGUUAUUCCGCCCGUAAUGUAUCUAAAAUACCUCUCUUAUUCAGGUGUGAUCGGGCUGUCAGUGAGUGGUGGAUUAGUACUGCUGGGCUGCUGUAUAGUGUCACUCAUAUGUUGCAGUAAAAGAAACAAGAAACCAAAGGAAAAGCCACACACGGAAAUGACAAAAGUUCAAUAUUCACCAGUGAAGAAGACCGAAAAAGUUUGAUGUAAUCUGAAUAGAAACAAAACUUCUGCGAAGGGGAUAGAAAGGACUCUGAUCUGAAGCUAAGAAGAACACAACUCCUCGUCUUUAGAGAGAACUGCUGCAAUUCAUUUCUCAAUUAUUAUAGUUUCUUCAAUAAUGGACUACAAUGACAUUUACUCAAAAUGCCAACAAAUAACUUGAUGAUAAUGAAAAACCAUCCACUGUAUAUCGAUUAUAACUUUUUUUUUCAAUUUAAAAACUAGGUAAGUGACCUACUUUUUGGGUACAUGUAAGUAAUCUUUUAAAAUAGAGGUAAUUGUAUCAAUAUGAAAUAUUGAUAAACAAAACACAGUGAACGACCGACGUUGUUGCUAAAUUUAAAAAAAUGGUUUUGAGCAACAAUUUAAAAAACACAAAAAUUUCAGUCCGGAUUUUAACUAUCAAUUUUCAAAAAACUUCGCAUCUUGGUUUCAUUUUGACAAACUCUUAAUGAUAAUAAGGAUAAAACAUGUAAACUCUGACUAUAUAUUGACUUUAUUCUGCUGGCAUUAAAAUUGUAUGGGGUCAAUGAUUAAAUUUUUGUGAAAUGCUGUGUAUUGAUGCUUUAGAUCAUUUUUCAAUUUCUUUCGCAUUGCAUUGCAUACAAUCUGAAGGGAUAAGUUGAAUGAAAAUAACAGAAUAUCUGUAAAAUCAUAAUGAUAACAUCAAAACCUAACUAACUGCUUGUUUUAGCACAAAAUGGAAUGAGAAAAAUUACAGAAUUUCCUUUGCUUGUCACAUGUCCGUUUUUGUUUAACCUAAAUCCAUAUUAUAAACAGAUUCAAUUAUAUAUCAAUAUUAAUUCAUUUUAUACAUAUAUACUAAGUGUGUUUUAAAAAAUUAUUCAAGUCAUUGAACUAAAUACCAAUUUGAAUUCGACAACUUUAAGCAUUGAGUAAUAAACAUCUUUAAAAUAUAUGGAGUAAACCGUCACAAAAGAUACUGUAUUAAUAUAACGUCAAUACGCCAACGAAUUUAUCUGUAUCCAUAUGCAUUGUAAACAUCCUUACUCAAAUAUUAGUGGACCUACUAAAUAAUACACAUUGUCUAUGGUUUGUGAUAAAUUCAAUGUUAUCUCGAGAUUUGUUGUGUCGUUAUCAAUCAGAUUGAAACAAUGAAAUCAUGAUUGUCUUUCGGGAUGUACUUGUUUUACAACAUUCUCGCUUUGUUUGUAUUUUUUUACUUUCCAUACGGUGAGCAAUACUCUUUUUUAACAUAAGGUCAAAGACCUUUUAAUAUUGUGAUUUUAGUUUUGUAUAACAUUGAAAAAUAAAUUUUAUAUUAAGCAUAA